AUGUCAGCUGCCAGUAGCUGUCCUUCUCCUCUCCUGUAUACAUCUGAACACACAAUGGAGAAUUCGGAAGAAAAUAAUUUAAGUAAACUUCAAUUAUCAGAAGCCCCAACCACAGGGGAUUCUUGUGCAGAUGAUGAGGAUGUGAAGUCUGCAAUCAAACCUCAAUUUUCUCCACUUCCAAGACGACGCAGCUCUGCGUCUUCAGAUGAGGGAGAAUUGGAACCUCCAACUUCAGUGGCUAGAAAAGUGUCUUUUGCAGAUGCAUUCGGUUUUGAUCUUGUUUCUGUCAAAGAAUUUGAUACUUGGGAAGUACCGACUAUAUCACAAAACCAUACAUUUGAGAUAGAAAGUACACCAAUAGAGGAAUUCUUUCUUACCCCCAGUUUUGUAUUACCUUCAAGUGAUGGAAUUAUGGAAAAACUGUUCUCAAAAAAAGUACUGCUAGAAUUAGUGGAUUUCCUUCCAAAGACAACAUGCAUGAAAGGAAUUAUACGAGUUCUUAAUAUGUCUUAUGAGAAACAAGUAUAUGUACGUAUGUCACUUGACAACUGGCAAAGCUAUUAUGAUCUGCUAGCAGAAUAUGUUCCAGACUCCUGUAAUGGUGACACUGAUCAAUUCUUCUUCAAUAUUUCAUUAGUGGCACCUUAUCAGAAUGAUGGAGCCAAAGUCGAAUUCUGUAUAUGUUUUGAAACACCAGUUGGCACAUUUUGGGAUAAUAAUGAUGGACAAAACUACAUCUUGAUAUGUCACAAGAAAGAACAGAUUGUGGAAACUAAUAAAGUGGCUGAAGAUUUUGCAGACAAAUACAAGAAAAGUUGCUUAAAACCUUCAUUAAGCAAAGAAGAAGAUGAAGAAGUUGACAUGCUUGAAAGUAAGAAAUCUGGAGUAACAGAGCUUUACAUCCCUAGCAUAAUAUAUUCUCACUGUGACCCCAAGGAACAUAAUAAAGACAAAGAGGAAGACAAAAGUAGAGAACAGAAUAUUGAUGCAGAAAAAAACUUGGAAUUGUUUUUGAGUCAACACUUUGUGAAAACUAGAAUCACUUCUUCUGAAGAUGAAUAUAACCAUGAAGUUCUUGGACAACCCAGAUUUCAAACUGAGGAACAAAUACAUCAAUCAAUGGAAUGUCUUGAAGAUUACAAAACUAGACCGUUGACACUAGAUGAGCAUUCUAAACCUGAUAAUUUACAGGAAUCUGAAGAAUUUAAUAAAACAGAUUUAACAGCACAGUCUCUGGGAGCUGAGCAAUUUGGCAGUAUUUCAGCAGCUGGUCCUAAACUAGAGGUUUCAACCAUUUUACAAAAAGAAGCAGAGAACAACGAAAUUAUAACAUUGAGUGAUUCAACCGUAACUGAAGAAUGUACAGAAUUAGUAGGCCAACCACCAGAAGAUAUAGGUCCACCACCAGGCAAUGAAAUCACUGAAAAGUUAAUCCUUAACAAAAAGAACAAUUUGUCAGUUAGUGACAUGGACAACACAACUGCAGAAACAGCUUCCUUUGUGCAAACAGAAUCAUUGCAGUUAACAGGACAUUUGGAUGACAAUGCAAAUCCACAUUCAUAUUUUUACCCAAACAAUAAAGAGUGUAUAAAUUCUGAGCAAGCAGAAAUUCCAGAAUAUAGGGAAACAGAAAAUCACCAUAAUUUGGCUUAUAUGUCAAGCGAUAUAAUAAUGGUAAGUAAAGACAUUGGAAGUAAGGAGGAAAAAUGUGCCACAGAUGACGCACAUGGUAAAAUAUCACAGAAUUGGGAAACGGAACAUGGGUUUGUUACCAAUACUAUUUUCCAAAAGAGUAUUAUAGAUCCAGAAGAAAUAUCUGACUUAAAUUUUCCUAGUGAUACCUUUCUCAUUAGAAAGGUACAAAAGGGCACAGAUGAUGCAUCCACUGAAAAUAAGCUACUGCUAAAUACAUCUGCCUUUGUAAGUGAAGAAACAGAAACAGCAUGUCAAGGUACCGAACAAGAUAAAAAACUUAAUGUAGACAAUCAUGAAGAUACAGACUUGACUCUUCUACAUACCAACAUUGUGCCAAUAGCCAAACAAUAUUGUUUUCCACUAGAUGACAAUAGUUCCACAUCUACUUACUACAAUCAUCCAGCUGACAAGACACCUUUAAACCAUUCUGAUUGUCAAAAAGAACUACACAGUUUUACGUAUCCUUUGUUGCAAGACAAUGAGAGGCAAAUUACUACUGGUCAAAAGGAAACAACGGACAUGCAUGGACUAAGCAAGAUGGACAAAAUCACAGAAAAAGACUAUGUGCCUGAGGACAUUUUUCAGAUUGCUGGUACCUUGGACUAUACUCACGCAGAAAAUAUAGGAGAUACCAUGCCACAUGAAAGUAGUGAAAUAUCAGAAAGUCCUCCACACCAAGGGAAAGUCAUCAUUGCUGUGAUGACAGAAGAGAAAAGCCACAGUGAAAUAAAUACACAGGGUGAUGAUCAUAGGAUGAGAUGCUAUAUGGGUAAGGGUGAAAGUGAAAGCAACAAGUUAACAGAAGAAUCACAGAUAGGUAGUGAGCCUCCUUUUCAAAUGUUAAGUGAUGAUUUAGAAGGAAACUUAAUUAUUGAUCCUGGGGUACACACAGACCUGGUUAGAGCUGAAAUUGUGGAUAAUGAUCUAAGUAUAGAUGAAAGAACAGAAGACAUAGCAGGCAGUGUGAUGGCAAGCCCAUCUAUAUUAAAUUGUUUUUGUGACGAAAACAUAAUUUGUGCAGGUGCAAAAGAAGACCAGCCACAAAGUUAUUGUGACAAGAUCUGCAGUAAUGUGACCACAGCUGAUGAAGGUGUUUUAAAUGUAGAUUAUUCUAUCAGGUCAAGUGCCCAUUUUUCAGAAGAAUUUACAGAUGAUAUUGGUACUAAAGGUGAACACCUAGCUAUAAAGUUACACAAUGAAAACAGAGUUUAUGAGUCAGCUAUGGAAUGUGUGGCGUUCCCAGAAAGGCCACUAGUGCAUAAUAGGACAGCUAGUAAAGUUCAAAACAUUAACAUAGAACCAAACCAGGAGGAGACUUUGACAGCUUCAUCCAUUUCAAACAGUAUCCCUGAUAUUGAAAUACAACCACAAACCUUAGAAAUUAAAGAACAGGGCAAGUUAGGAAAUAGAAAACAAUAUCAAGAGCCACUUUCUGAAAAGCCAGGUGAAUCAGACAACAUAAGUUCCAACACUUUAUCAAUCGACAAUGUAAGCUCCAAAGUCUUCUGUUUUAUUAUGUUUGUAGUGUUUGCAGGUUUAAUGUACCAUUAUGACUUUCUGGUUUGUUUUGCCCUGUAUCUUUUCUCAUUAUACUGGUUAUACUGGGAAGGUGAUAGGAAUAAGAAGCCUCUUAAAAAGGAGUAAGAUAGAUUCUACUUCUGAAAUGAAUAAUAUUUUUCAUAAGAACCUCUUAUAAAUAAACUUUGCUUUUACAGAGAAUGGAGUUGUCAUGCUCACUACUUUUAAAAAACCAGUGAGGCAAAUAUUGUUUGCUGCCUUUCUGUAGAUUCCAUUUUUUUCAUGGAAAUACUGUUUUCUGGCAAGCAUAAGCACCAGCUGCAAUGUGCUAUGAUACAGAAAAACUGUCAGCAUACUUAGUUACUUUCCUACCACCAUUGUGGCCGGUUCAGGGCUUACCCAAUAGCUCUGUGUCCAUGCUACCAGCAAGGACACUUGUCACAAGCAUUCAAUUCAAACAUCAGCUUAGAUGAUAAGCAUACAUUUAGAAGGUCUGUAUCAUGCACAGAAGACUUUAUUUAUAUAAUAAAAUUAAGAAAAUGUUUUUUUGUGUGUGUGUCAUGUUCCUUUAAUAUUGACAAAGGACCACAUUUGAAAGAUCUUUAAGAGCUCUUUGGAGAUUAGUUCUCAAUACAUCAAAUGAUAUAUGUUAGAUGCACUAGGUUAAUAUUUUCCAUGCUUUUAAGAAUGUUUUUGUUCUUUGUCUUUCUUUGAAUAGUGAAUAUUCAUUGUUUUUGUUAUGAUUUUCAUUUUGCAGAAAUUGGCAUUACUACCUAUGUUUUUCUUUCUACAUAUCCAUGUGGGGAGUUUCAGUUGCUUCAUUUUUAUUUAGAUUGAGUGGUAUCAGGUUUUUAUAAAUUUUCACUUAAGUAACACAGCUGUAAAAAGAUGAUGUCACAUUCUUUGUGUAAGUGCUGUCAAAAUAGCAUUGCUACUUCAAUGAACAAUUGACAGGCUAAAGGAUGGAACGUGAGAAAUAUUAUUGUAAAGUGGCAUAAAAUGGCUGAUUGUCCAAUUUAAAAGUGAUACGUCGGCAUGACUUGGCAAUGCCAGUGCCAAUACAGAUUACGUUGAGAAUGAAACGUGAUUUAUUAGGUAAGAAUGUGUCAGUGUCAGAAUGGUGCAUGAAACACUCCAUUCACCAGAUGCUUACGGUGCUCAGUGCCAUGAGACUAUUUAGUGUUAUUAAUACAGUUGUGACAGUAAUUAGGCUUUUAAUUAUGUUUCACAAAUGCUGUUGUAAAAGACAAUCUAUAUCACAUUUCAAUAAAAAAACAAAAUAUAUGAAUUAGAUGUUUCUAACAGCUUUUAUUGUCUGCAUUAAUAUAUUGUAUUGACAUGAAAAAGGCAGUGAAAUGUGUCAUAAUGUGCAAAUUUAUGUACUAGUAAUCAUUGUUGUCGUUUGAUCACAACUUUUCUUGUUGUGAUGCCACAGACAAUCUCUAAGUAUCUUCAAUAAAUGUGUCUUAUUUUUCAAUGCA